CCCGCUGAUUGGUUGAAGCGUCACAGAAGUGUCGUUUGAAUUCGAGUUUGAUGCAGUUUGCGACGAACGGAAUCGAUAUUUUUUAACAGUUAGAAACAGGAGUUUUUAAUCACCUUCACAGGUCAGUCGUCAGCUUUUCAGUCUCUCGUCUCUUGUUUAGGAGGAAAUGCGCCAUGAUUCAUCAGCCAACCGCCGGAAAGGCAAAACCCCACAACGACGCCCAGUGGUGCCGCCGCCGCCAACCUCUGGGAAGAAAUCCAGCACCCCACGGCAACGGGGCAGAGAGUCAGGGCCGGCUCCCGUCUCUCCCAGGAAGAGACGCUUUCGACCCGGAACCCGGGCUCUGAUGGAGAUCAGGAAGUAUCAGAAGAGUUCAGCCCUGCUGUUGAGGAAGGCACCAUUCGGCCGUCUGGUGCGUGAGGUGUGUCAGGGAUUCACCAGGGAGCCUCUAAGGUGGCAGGUGUCCGCUCUGCUUGCCCUGCAGGAGGCUGCUGAAGCCUUUCUCGUCGUGUUGUUCUCAGACGCCAACCUUUGUGCCAUCCACGCCAAGCGGGUCACGCUGUUCCCCCGAGACAUCCAGCUGGCCCGUCGGAUCAGGGGCGUGGACUCCUUGUAGACCCUGACACUUCUGAUCCAGAGACCGACAGGACUCCUUCAGGAUGUCACCUCCAUCUACACGCCUUCAAAUGAGUCUGUAAUAACUGUGUGUGUGUGUGUGUGUGUUUUUAAAGGAGGUGUCAGCUGGUUUUAUACCUAAUAAUUGAAUAGUUGAUCAGUGCUCUGUCGUGUUAUUAAUUAUUGAUUGUUUGAGAUUUGUGUAAAUAAUGUUUCUUUACUUAUUUUGUUAUUAAACUUGUGGAUUUGUUGAACCUGG